GAUUCUUUCAAGCCUGCAGAGCUUCGUCGCAUUAGAAACAUCAAUGUGAUUAAUGGUGGGUACGUUGCCGAUGGCUAUGCGCAUGUCAAAGGAAUCAGAGCACUUAUCACGACAUUUGGUGUAAGCGAGCCAUCAGCUAUAAGGUAUGAACUAGUUUUGCUACAGGAAUCGCGGUGA